UCGUGGGAGAUACCACUUGGGGACGCGGGAAGAGAGCGUGACUUUUGGAAACAACCUGGCUCUACUUCUGGGCUAGUGGACACUUCCUGUACUCUUUUGGAAUAUAAGAAUCCAAGGACAGAAAGAAACAGGACUCGGAGUAUCCCUGGGAAUCUGGGCUUCUUUUUCUGUUGGGAACUGAUGCCGAGGAACUCCUGACACACGAGAAACACUGAAGCACUGCCAGACACAACAUGGAUGUAUGGUCCAGAAUAGCCAUAUGGAUCCUUUGCGGCUUCCUUCUGCACCAUGGACAGGGGGAGAGGCCCCCAGGCACCUACUUAGACGAUGCCACAAUAGCAGAAUUCUGCCGCAUUGACCAGGCCUUGUGCCACAAUGAAGACGAGCAGCUCAGCUUCGAGGCCGUCCUCAACAUCCACAAGCAGAUGGACGACGAUGCCAAUGGCGAUGUCGACGUGGAGGAGAGCGAUGAGUUCCUGAGGGAAGACUUGAAUUACCACGACCCAACGGUCAAACACAGCACCUUCCAUGGGGAGGAUAAGCACAUCAGCGUGGAAGAUCUUUGGAAGGCCUGGAAGUCGUCCGAAGUGUACAACUGGACCGUCGAUGAGGUGGUGCAGUGGCUCAUCACCUACGUGGAGCUGCCGCAGUACGAAGAGACCUUCAGGAAGCUGCAGCUCUCUGGGCAUGCCAUGCCAAGGUUGGCAAUCACCAACGCCACCAUGACAGGAACUGUCCUGAAGAUGACCGACAGGAGCCACAGGCAGAAGCUGCAGCUCAAGGCCCUGGACACCGUGCUCUUUGGGCCGCCUCUCUUGACCCGUCAUAACCACUUGAAGGACUUCAUGCUGGUGGUGUCCAUUGUGAUUGGGGUGGGCGGCUGCUGGUUUGCUUACAUCCAGAACCGCUACUCGAAAGAGCACAUGAAGAAGAUGAUGAAGGACCUCGAAGGUCUCCACAGAGCUGAGCAGAGUCUGCAUGAUCUCCAGGAAAGGCUCCAGAAGGCCCAGGAGGAGCACCGCACGGUGGAGGUGGAGAAGGUCUCCCUGGAGAAGCGGCUGCAGGACGAGAUCAGCAUUGCCAAGCAGGAGGCCCACCGGCUCCGGGAGCUGCGGGAGGGGACAGAGAACGAGCUCAGCCGGCAGAAGUAUGCAGAGCAGGAGCUGGAGCAGGUGCGCAUGGCGCUCAAGAACGCGGAGAAGGAGCUGGAGUCGCACAGCAGCUGGGCCGUCCCAGAGGCCUUGCAGAAGUGGCUUCAGCUGACCCACGAGGUGGAGGUGCAGUACUACAACAUCAAGAAGCAGAACGCCGAGAAGCAGCUGCUCCUGGCCAAGGAAGGGGCCGAAAAGAUAAAGAAGAAGCGCAACACUCUCUUUGGGACAUUCCACGUUGCCCACAGCUCGUCCCUGGACGACGUGGAUCAUAAAAUCCUGACGGCCAAGCAAGCCCUGAGCGAGGUGACGGCGGCCCUGCGGGAGCGGCUCCACCGCUGGCAGCAGAUAGAGAUGCUCUGCGGCUUCCAGAUCGUGGUCAACCCGGGCAUCCACACUCUGGUGUCCGUCCUCAACAUCGACCCCUCGUGGAUGGGAAGCUGCACGCGGCCAAACACCUCACACUUCAUCAUGACCGACGAUGUGGACGACCUGGAUGAGGAAAUCGUAUCCCCCAUGUCCAUGCAGUCGCCCUCCAUGUCCAGCGGCGUCCGUCAGCGCCUCGUCGACCCGCAGCACUCCAUGGGAUCGCAGAGGUUGGUAGAGAGUCACCAGGCCGCCGGCCAGGGUGAAUCGGGGCCGCUGGCCCACUACCUGCCCGGCAGGGUCACUCUGCGCCGGAUGCCUAGCUUGAGCGGCAGCCAGCCCUUCGCCUCUGACAUCCACGGCGGAAGUGUGGCCGCCUGCUCUCCAUCUUCUUCUUCCUCCUCCUCGCCGCCGUCUCCUCCUUCCUCCUCCUCCACGGGCCACUCGCCCUCCUCCGCUUCCGCCUGCCACGGCCUGCCCAUCCUUUACCACCACACCACCUCCUCCUACAUCCUCCAGGUGGACACCCUGCCCAACCUGCCCCCUCCCGACGUCACCUCCGGGAUGCGCUGCCGCGCCGAGAGCUAUGGAGAUUUAUCACACUCUGACUCGGAUUCCUCCAUCCCUCACCUGAGCAACAGCCAGCGCACGUCCAGCUCGGCCCCCCGGCUGCCUGCCCGGCCAGCACUGCUCAACAAGUCGGAGGAAGCGGCAGUGGCGGCCGCCUGCGGCUACGGCAACCGGCCGGCGGAGGCUUCCUCUCUGCCAGAGCCCUUCCCCGAGAGCCCCAUCCUCAUGAAGAAGGCCGUGAUGCUGAACCACGGCCUGGAGAAGUCGUCCAGCCUGGGGGAGAUCAGCCACGCGGCCGGGGCAGGGCCCCUCUCCCGCCAGGCCCACUCCGACUCCUCCCGCUCCCACAGCCCCAGCUCCACCGAGCCUGACACGCCCUCCCCCACCUCCGACCCCCGGCUCAACAGCCAGGGCAAAGCCGGCAACAGCCGCAUCCCCCACCUGGCCUCCAAGAAGAGCGCGGCCGGUGGGGAGGAAGACAGCGGUUCCACGGGGGAAGAGACCGACUCCUCGGGGCAGGGAAAGAAGAAGUUCCCCCUGAAGAUCUUCAAGAAGCCCAAGAAAUAAGUCCGGGCCGGGGGGGGUUGGCAAGGAGGGAACCCCCCAGCCAAACACCCACGCUGGUACGGAGCAGGAGGCGAGGGGAGGGGGAGCACCUUGGGGGGGGGGCAAGAGCACCCACCCACCUCUCCUCCUCCUCCUCCCCCAGGAUCCCUCUGCUCUCCGGGUGGAGGAGCUGCAGGUGGAAAGCCCCUAUUUAUUUUGUGACGUCGGCCUGGCCGCCUUCCUCACGUGGUGGUGGGGGGUCCCUUGCUUUUGGCUGCGCAUGGCUUCAGACGAGCUCUCCCUCCUAGCCCUCUCUCCACCGCCACACCGUGCGACACUGGAUCCGUUCAUCCCGCCCCCCCCUUUGUUUGCUGCUUCCCCUGCGCACCACAGCAGCCCCCAGGAGGCUCAGUGGCCGACUCCACAGGGAGGGAGAGGAUUUUGCAAGGGGGCUGUUGCUGGGGAGGGUGGGGUGGUGCUCGCCUUGCUUGUCCUAACCCCCAUAUGUGGGUUUACUCUAGGGACUAGCCCCUUUGCCUCGAGUGAAGCAAAGAAGGGGCAGGAAGAGGGCAGGCCAGGGCUGCUGGGAGGAGUGGGGAAAGAGAGGGAGAUGAACUCCAAUCGGCCUGCAAAAGCCCAUUUUUUAGAUCCCUUUGUUAACAUCAACUGUUUGUUACAGACAAAAAGGGGCAAGUUCGGCGCCCAGCUCUGUGGGCAGGAGACCACAAAGCGGCCACUUGGCCCCAGAGCAGCAGGGGCUUUCCUUCUCCCCACACCUCCCCUCCAGUGGAAAGAGGCCUUGACUUUCCUGCAAGUGGCGCUUGGCUUUGGGGCGGGGGUCCCUGCAGGAGCUGGGGGGCUUUCUUGUGCCUGCUUUCUGGCUCACAAAUGAGCAGGAGGCUUUGCUGAGCCUAGAAGCCUUCUGCAAGAGCUUCCCCACAACUCUACCUUUGGGGUUGCUGUCUGCCCCGGGACAUCCCUGCUACAGCCAGGUCUUGCCCUAUGCACGUGGGACGCAGGGAGAUCAUAGCUGGCCUGCCUCCGGCUGGCUCAGCUUCUUGGCCACGCCAGGUGUCCGGCUGCGUGUCACCAAGCGGAGGAGACCCCCCUGCCCUCCUGGUUGCAGUCUGGGAGCUGGCGGCUCUUGUGGGGAUGUGCGUGCGAGAGAGCUGCCUCCCAUUCCCUCUCGCAGGUUCUGUUUUGCUUUGUUUUUGCACUUUGGAGCAAAGAUGGACAGGUUUGGGCCGCUGGUGGCCUGCUUCCGUGGCAGACACAGGUCCUCUUCCCCUCCAGAGCCCUGCCUGCAUGCCUUGCAAGGACAGAGGAAGGGCUUUGGGGAAAACUCAGAGACUUGAUGGCCAAGCUGGCACCGCUUUGAGCUUCCUGCUGCUGCUGCUGCUGUUGCUGCUUCUCCUCCAUCUCCGAGCGCCUGCGCCGUCGGGGCCUUGCUCUGCCAGCUUGACAAUGUCCCAGUCUGGUGAGGAAGGCGAGAGACCGGGCACUUACAGGGGUGGGGUGGGGGCUGGGCUGGGCUGGGCUGGGCUCAAGCAGAGGAUGGGGCGACCCCCACCCCACCCCCCAAGUUCCACCAUCCAAAGCCAUGGAGACCAGAGGCCCAGGCAAGCUUGAGAACCCGGAAGGAUCGUGGUGCUCCCUUCUACCCUUGCCACGCGCCAGAGGAGGCACAACGAGCGCCAAGGAAAGCAGCCUUCACAUCAUCAUCUUCCUGUCCUGUCUGGCUGCCAGCUUCUGCCCUGGGCAGCGAUGGGCACCAGGAGAGCGUCCCGUUCCCCCCAGCGCCAGGCCACCCUGCUCUGCACCUGCCAAGUCUUGAUCUUAUUUAAAGGCCAUUUCAUAAAACUGUUUUCAAUCCAAUAAAAGCAUGUAGAUUAUUUUAA